CACCGCCUGCAAAAAUGCAGCCGACAAAUUGGUUCUCCAAUUAUGAAAUUCCAUGCAUAUAUUAAGCAAAAACCCGAUCGAAAACCAACCAAAAAAGGAAGGUGAAAAAUGGUGCAGUCGAAGCUUCACAUAGCCAUGUUCCCAUGGUUUGCCUUUGGCCACAUGACUCCAUUUCUCCAUCUCUCUAACGAGCUUGCUCUAAGGGGUCACAAAAUCUCAUUCUUGUUGCCUAAAAAGGCUCAAAUUCAGUUACAAAAUGCUAAUCCUCAUCCCAAUCUUAUCACUUUUUAUGCACUUUCUGUUCCUCAAGUCGAAGGCCUCCCUCCAGGCGCAGAGACAGCCUCUGAAAUACCCAUAUUUCUAACUAGCCGUCUGGCCGCUGCCAUGGAUCUGACGCGUGAUCAAGUUAAAGAAACAAUCCAUGGAUUGAACCCGGAUUUUGUUUUCUAUGAUACUGCACAUUGGAUACCUGAUUUAGCAUCUGAAUUUGGAUUCAAAACUGUAUGUUACAAUGUUGUAUGUGCAGCGUCUAUCGCGAUUGCUCUUGUCCCUGCACGGAAAGGUUUGGAAGACGGGUCAGUAUCCGGCGAAGAAUUGAUGGAACCUCCCGCAGGGUACCCUUCUGACACAGUGGUGUUGCGAAAACACGAGGCACGUUCAUUGUCGUUUAUUUCUACGGAAUUUGGAGAUGAGAUCACGUUCUACGAGCGUAUCACGACCGCAAUGAGAAACUGCAAUGCCAUCUCUGUUAGGACAUGCAGAGAGUUAGAAGGUCCCUUUUGUGAUUAUAUAGGAAACCAGUAUGGGAAGCCAAUCCUGCUAACCGGACCUGUCUUGACUGAGCCAACAAAAGCACCUUUAGAGCACCGGUGGAUGGAAUUUCUUGACAGCUUUGAGCCAGGUACAGUGGUAUUCUGUGCAUUCGGCAGCCAAUUGAUCCUUGAAAAGCAGCAGUUUCAAGAACUAGUUAUGGGGUUUGAGCUAACGGGCUUGCCAUUCUUAAUAGCCCUGAAACCUCCGCUUGGCUGCACAACAAUCGAAGAAGCAUUGCCCGAGGGAUUUGAGGAGCGAAUUCGAGGGCGAGGAAUAGUACACGGAGGAAUGGUUCAACAGCCUCUGAUAUUGAACCACCCAUCAAUAGGCUGUUUUGUGAGCCACUGUGGAUUUGGUUCAAUGUGGGAGUCUCUGAUGAGUGGCUGCCAAAUAGUGCUUGUUCCGCAUUUAGGUGACCAGAUAUUGAACACCAGAUUAUUGGCUGAAGAACUGAAAACGGCUGUUGAAGUUGAGAGAGAUGAAAAUGGAUUGUUUACAAAAGAGGAUUUGUGCAAGGCUAUCAAGUCUGUAAUGGAUAAAGACAGUAAACUAGGCUGCCUGAUUAAGGAAAACCAUGCAAAGUGGAAAGAAACCUUAACAGAUCCAUGUUUUAUGAAAAACUAUAUAGAAAAUUUUGUGAGUAAUUUGGGUGAACUUAGGAAGAAUUGAACAUUAUAACUAGGAUAUUCAGAUAUAAAAUCUUAUAAACGACAAUUUGUUUC